GAGCUGGGAGCUCGUUCCGCGGUGGAGCAAACCACCGAGAGGGAAGUGCGGGGGGUAGGCGGGGCGGGGAGACGUAUUGGCAGCGGACGAAACUAUCCUCUGGUGACGAUAAAGGACGAGUGAGGUUAGGUUCAGUUCGGGGGGUAAGGCAGACGGUACUACUUGGCAGCUGACAGGGGGUGCGGCUCGGACCCAACCAUUUACGAAAGGAAGGGGGGGAUGAUGCGGUGCCUAGUUGUUUGAGCUGAACCACUGACUGUACGGAGGGGAAGGGGUGUGCGUGCGUAUGUGGGUGGUACCGUUUUGAAUGAGGGGUGUUGAUAUUCAGGUGAUACUGCUGAGGAGGUGGGAAGGAUAGGAGGUGCCAUCAACUAGCGACGGGUGGAGUGUGGAUGGUACCAUUAGUGGGGGUUUUGGGGGGGUGUCACUAGUACCCCCGGUCAGAUUAGAGCGUUACCAUCAUACGUGUAGGAGGGAGGGGCUAGGUAGUAUCACUGGAGGGGCGAUAGGGGUAGUUGAGGAGGUACCAGCGACUCUGUUGGUGACCUAUUGUGGGUGGGUGAGGUAGAAUCCAUGUGGUAUUAGUGAGGACCCUAUUACUGGUGAUGCCACUGCGUUCAACAGUGGGGAAGUGUGUAGUGGAUACCACUUUGGAUGCUGAGGAGGUAUAAACCUUAGCUGACACCUGAGUGGAUGAGAGCACUCGGUCUAAUGGUGCUGUUCGGGGCGUGCUAGGCUAUACCAGCAUGUGGAGCAAGUGGUGCCAUUUUGAGCUACAACAGGGGCUAUAUCGUAUUGAGCAACAGCAUUAAGAAGUGGGUGGCCUUGUGGGACUACUCCAGGUGAGUCCUGGAGAGACGGAAAUUUGGACUUAUUUUUGGUGAGCAUGGUGGCUUGAGUGGGAGAGGAUUGCACAGGUGAUACCAUGCAAAGGCCCAGCUGCUAGGAGAAAGAAUUUUCCCCAAGCCGGACAUACAGAGGGCCCUCUUGCUGCCAUGGCCUCGAACUGUACUGGGGGCACAGCAGCAGGGAGCGUUGGCGCAGCCCUUGGCACGGCACUCAAUGCUUCCAAGACCAAGACAAAGAAGAAGCAUUUCGUCUGCCAGAAAGUGAAGCUUUUCCGAGCCUCAGAGCCGCUCCUGAGCGUCCUCAUGUGGGGAGUCAACCACACGAUUAAUGAGUUGAGUAAUGUCCCUGUCCCAGUUAUGCUAAUGCCAGAUGACUUUAAGGCCUACAGCAAGAUUAAGGUGGACAAUCAUCUUUUCAACAAGGAGAACCUGCCAAGUCGUUUCAAAUUUAAGGAAUAUUGUCCGCUGGUAUUCCGAAAUCUACGGGAAAGGUUUGGGAUUGAUGAUCAAGAUUAUCAGAAUUCUGUAACGCGGAGCGCCCCAGUGUACAGUGACAGCCAUGGCCGGUGCGGGGUCCGCUUCCUCACCACGUACGACCGGCGAUUUGUCAUCAAGGCAGUGUCAAGUGAAGAUGUUGCAGAGAUGCACAACAUACUAAAGAAGUACCACCAGUUCAUUGUGGAAUGUCAUGGGAAUACACUUCUUCCACAAUUCCUCGGCAUGUACAGGCUUACUGUGGAUGGUGUGGAAACCUACAUGGUGGUUACCAGGAACGUGUUUAGUCACCGGCUAACAGUGCAUCGGAAAUAUGACCUCAAGGGCUCAACAGUGGCAAGGGAAGCCAGUGACAAGGAAAAGGCCAAGGAUCUUCCAACAUUUAAAGACAACGACUUCCUGAACGAAGGCCAGAAGCUCCAUGUUGGAGAAGAGAGCAAAAAGAACUUUUUGGAGAAGUUGAAACGAGAUGUGGAGUUUCUUGCCCAGCUGAAGAUCAUGGAUUACAGUUUGCUGGUAGGGAUUCACGAUGUGGACCGUGCUGAGCAAGAGGAGAUGGAAGUUGAGGACCGGGCAGAUGAUGAAGAAUGUGAGAAUGAUGGUAUUGGUGGGAACCCCAUCGGUUCUUAUGGGACGCCCCCUGACAGUCCUGGCAACCUUCUCAACUUCCCUCGUUUCUUUGGGCCUGGGGAGUUUGAUCCAUCAGUGGAUGUCUACGCGAUGAAAAGCCACGAAAGUGCCCCUAAGAAGGAAGUCUAUUUCAUGGCCAUUAUAGAUAUCCUCACACCGUACGACACAAAGAAAAAAGCAGCACAUGCUGCCAAAACUGUGAAACACGGGGCUGGAGCAGAGAUUUCCACUGUCAAUCCAGAGCAGUAUUCAAAACGUUUCAAUGAAUUUAUGUCCAACAUCCUGACAUAGUUGUCUUCCCACCCUCAGCAAAACCAUGGAGGGAGAAGAAGAGUGGGGAGGGGAGAGGGCUACUUCCAAAGCAAAAGGAAUGAAGUCCACUUGGCUGGGGUGUGAUGUUCUGUGAGUGUGUGAUAACAGUGUGACUUAGCAGAAAACUAACUUCUAGCUGUAGGCCUCCAGAUAUUCCACUUUACCCGAGUGGAAAAGUGGAGUGUUGUUCUCACUCUUAUUUUGGUUGCUGAAAUACCCAAACCUAAACCUGAGGCAUUAAGUACUGUUCAGAUCUCCACUUCUUUUAUCUUUGAAGCGUAUCACAGUCUCCUGAUGGUCAGAUGCUAAUGUGAAUGAGUUGACUCUACAAACAGUGGUUCCCUUGACUGGACAACUGUUCUGCACUUGGAGCAAACCCCCUUGUUGCUUUUCUUUCUAAGAAUCGGACAGGAAAUGGUGUGCCAUUCUGAGGGGGAAACCUGUUACACUAGUGUGGAAAAGCCAUUUGAAGUCAAUUGAAGCAAAGACUCUCUCUCACUCACACACACUCACACACACCCUUUGGUAUUACAAUCCUCUUUUUCUUUUUCUUUUUUUGUGGCACCAAUGGUCAUUUUGGUGCCAAGAGGUGUGACAAGUUGGCCGCACAAAAUUUGAUGCAAAAGGGCAAGGGGAAGCUGUUUAUGGAAGAAUCCAUACACCUAUCAAGACAUGAUGUAGGCCCUUGCUGGAAAUAAUGACUACAAGAGGAUGUGGCAACCUGAAGUUAUUCUCUUGAUGAAUUGCAAAAUGUUUUGCCUGGACUAAAUUGCCUCUGUAGCAUAACUGAUGUUUUAUCAGUGUUAAUUUAAUCAUGGUUCAGUCAGCCUUUUUUAGCUUCAUCUGGUUGCAGGCCCCAUAAGAUGAUGUUAUUUUUUUUAAAAGGCUACUACUUCUUUGAACAAGAUAUUUUGUUGUGAAUCAGUGUAUUAGAAAUCUGUUUCCCUGGAGUUUGAAGUGGUUCCAAUUUGGGAGGAGCCCAAUCCCAGAACUUUGGAAGUGUAUAAUAAAUUGACACAACUGACUACUACAUAACCACUAGAACAGACCAUUGGGAUAGCUUGCGCCAGAUCACUUUUCUUAAAGAACUGAAGCUGUUCUUGUCCCAUUUGAAUUACAACUGUUUUCUUACAUCUUCAGACUGCUUCUAACCUUGGAUUUCACAACCACCUGUGUAGAAACUGCCGAAGAUUUUGAAUACUACGCAUCAAUUCCAUGUUUUAAAUUUUAGGGGGCGGGGUGUUGUUGUUUGAGGACUACUUCUUUAAAAAAAGGAAAAAAGGUGGAUUUAGCAGUUUUUGAACCAUCACCUUGCAAUCAAGAUACUUCGCUUACUCUGCCUUGAAACCAUUUCUCACAUAUGCCUUUCUUUUCCUGAAUGUGGUUGUUUGGAUGUUUGUAUCCUGUGCUGUAGUACAUGGCACUUCUUGCUUUGUGGAUUCUGUCAUGUUGAGAGAGUGUUGGAUGUUUUCCUUCCUUCCUUCCUUCCUUCCUUCCUUCCUUCCUUCCUUCCCUCCCCCCUGUAGUAUAUGCCCAUUAUUCCGAGAAGGGAUCUCUUCCCCCUUCCCACCACAGUUUUCUAAAAAAAGUGUGAUUCCAGAAUUUCAAAGACAUAGAAAGGUGUGCAAAGCUUGAGAAUCAUGGAGUAUGCUGUAAAUAAUGUAAGUUUUCUUAAAAGUGUAAAUGAAUCCAUUCAGUAGGAAUGGGAUAUGAAAAUCCCUCUUCUUGUUCACCUGUGGACUCAGGGCAGAAGCUUAAUACGUCAAAAGCCACUGUCUGCAAUGUUUAGGUGUCCAGCCAACUGUCCCACAAAUUGAGUGUAAAUAUGUGAGCAUAUUUAAGAAGCAAGAGAGGAUAUGUUGACAGGCUGUAAAUGUGUUGACAGCUUAUAGAGAAGUAACUUUCUCCUCUAAGUGCGUGUACUUGAAGUCCAAUGUGAAAUAGGAAAUAUAGCCUGGAUUCUUCAAGCUUUGAUCUGGUAAGAUAUUUCACUCCCUUUGUGCUCCGUUUGUUUGUUUUUAUUUAUUUUAUGCUUUUAUUUUUAACCAGUAAUUUAGCUGUAGUUUUGUAAAUUACAGUUUGCAACAGGCAAGUUUUGCCUCCCUUCAGACAUUUCUGUCAUUGACAAGAAACAAAAUUACUGCCAACGUCAGUCUUAAUCCAUGUGCAGAAAUUGACACACACACACACACACACAACUCAAGCACAAACUCCAAGCUUUUAGUUUCAAGGCUGUUGGUGGCUUUGACCCCGCUGCUCAUUCAGGACAGAAUGAAAGGGUGGGGCCAAAGCCACAUUCCCCCAGAUAUCCCAUCCUCACCCAUGUGAAAGACCUCAUGCUCUCUAAUCUGUUCACAGCCCAUUUGCUUCCUCUUUGAGCACCCCCCCAUCUCAAAUCCCUCCUCAAAACCCAUCCCUGAAGCCCAAGUACUAGAAGCUGUGUCUACUCGGUUCUCCCUCUUGUUUGCCUUUCCCUUCCUUCUCCCAUCCCUCUUCACUCUCUAUUCUCUCCCGUGGUCAAGCUUUAAAUUGUAAGCUGCUGGGGUAGGUAGGGGCUAGCUGCCUUAUACUGUAAAACACCAUGAAUGUUGGCAUUGCUGUGUAAACAGGUUCACUGCAGGUGGGGGUGAGGUAACACAUCCAAUAACCUGAUGCUACCCAUUGGAGUACCCCCACCCACCCUGCGAUGGUAACAUAGGCACUGCUCAUCUACAUACAAAAACAAUGUGAGUACCGUAUCUCCUCUGUUGAUUCAGAGCACUUACCCUAAGCUCAUCUUUUGCUCCCAUUGUUAUGACCCCUUGAUUUUGACUUUAUUUGCCAUGCACUGCAUCAGAAUUCUAGUCCUUAAUUACACACCAGCUUCCCCCCCUCCUCACUCCCCAUCAGCACAGCUUGUCUCCUCCUAGUCCCAUAUUUGGGCCUCCUGCCAAGCUGCACCCUAGGUCUGGAGCUGCUUCCCUCUCCUCUCUUCCAGGCCUCUCUGCAAGUCCUGCUUCUGCAGCAAAACCUCUCCUGAUUUGCUUAAGUGGCACUUUACCCAAUUCCCCCCACUAUCCCCCCCCCCAAGUAUUCCGUCUCUGAAUUCUGCCUCCAUCUAUCUGGUUAAGGUCUACAGCACUUUUGUACAGCACCUAGCAUACAACCAAGGUUACAUUAAUGUCACAGCAGUAGCAACCAUCUCCCAAGGCUUUCUGGGUGACCUGCUUUCUGGAUAUUUCUGGGGUUCAACCAGGCAGUUGAGUGGCUGUUCUGACUUCUUUCCUCUCCACCUGGCUACAUAGACUUUGAUAGAUAGGUCAGUGGAACUUGGUUCAUAGCCUAUUCCACGUUCUUAGAUCUGUUACCCACAGGCGCAAUGAAAUUCCUACCCCAUUUAGGUAUUCUGACCGUUUUUUAAAUCUGGAAACUGCAUGGGAGCAGAAGGCUGAAAAGGGCUCCGGCCUCCUUUUUGUUGUCUUAUCCUGUCUCAAGUUCUAAAAGCUUACCUAGUGCCAAUCGCCAUAACCUCCUGGACUUCCAUUGCCGAUUCUUAUCAGACAUUUCCUUUAACAUUAAUCUUGGAAGUGCAGUUUAUUCUGUUAAAUAAGUUAAAAUGUGCAUGGUUGCUUAGAUUUGCAGAUUAUUUUUAUUAAUGGCAACCUUAAAGUUUGCUUGGGACAGAAUUAUAAAUUCUUUUUUUCUAUGAAGAGUUAUAUUAACCUGGAAGUUCAGUAAGAGUGAAUUGUGGUGAGGGAGUUGCUUGUCUGUGGUGCUGUGGGAGGCAAAGUAAAAGUGGCUGAGUGCCCCUCCAAUCAGAGUACCACUGACAACAUCCCAGCUAGUAGCUACUGUUGUUGACUUGUAAUUGCAGCUGAUCAGUCUGUUUUUCUCCUGGGUGCACGCACACCGAAUCAAAAACCCUUGAUUCAGAUCACCCCAGGUUUUUUCCUCUCUGGUGUCACCACUGCAUUGUUAAAGGUGUCCAUAACCCUAUAGCUGUAGAAAAGCUGGCAAGGCGGUUAAGCAUUCUGAAGUUUGUGUGUAUUAAACAUGUGGUUGCAUAACCUAAAAUAGCAUUGGCAAGGCAAUUUUGCUUCGUUUCAGGACUGUGUGGUGGUCAGAUGUUGCUGGAGUCUUUUUGGAAACUCUUGUUUGCCUUUCUAAAGUGUAUCUAUUCCCUCACCAUUUUCAUGAAGGGCAGUACAUAUCUGUGAAACGCAGUUUGCCUGCUGGCUUAUUCCUAGAACUAAUGUCCAGUGUAGAAGAGUUCACGCUUGAACUGUAGUAGUUGAGUGUUAAGAUUAUCACCUGAAGAUUCAGAGGUAGUUUAUGGCCAUUUCCCAUGGGAUGUUUAAGAGAGACUGGAUGUCUGCUCUGGAAAGUAGCUGCUUCUGUUUUCCUGAAGCAUCCUUCAUACUUAAUCCAUGCCAGAUGUGGGAGAGCCAUUUCUCGCUCAGUGGAUGGAGGAUAAGCUAAGAGAAACUGUUACACUUGGUCCUAUGAAUAUAUAUAUUCUUAAGUGUGCAUUUUUGCUUGGAUAAUGUCUGGCCAAAGAGUAUAUGGCAUUUCUUUAUGGUAGUGACAGCAGUUUGUCAGUUCCCUCACUUUCUGGUAUAUGCUCUCUGGUAACACUAAAACCUCAACUUUAUAAAUAAAACAAAUUUAAUGGAGGAUAGGGGGGCUAUCAAUGGCUGUUAUCUAACUGAAGCCUCCACGUUGAGGCAAAAUGUCAUUGAGGUCAUUCACACAAUCGAAAACUGUUCUACCCAGGUUUGGGAGCUGUGUGUACUUUCAAUUUUUGAUUGUGUGGAAGCAAGGUUAGAGGAAAACCUGAGUAGCUUUUUCUCCUACCCUGCUUCCACACAAUCACUUCUACCCAGGUUUUCCUCUAAACUUGCUUCCACACAAUCAAAAAUUGGGAGUACACACAGCUCCCAGACCUGGGUAGAACAGUUUUCGAUUGUGCGAAUGACCUCAUUGUGUGUGCUCUAAUCAUUACAGCAGGGCUAUGGAAGAAAAUCUUGAGUGGUGAGAGUUUAACUUGCAUAUAAUCAUGUACACAUUCCCGAUUCAAUUUUGCUAAUUUAAGUGUUUCACACAGGUAACUAUGAGAUUAUUUCCAGGUACUCAGUCUAGCAUCUUCUGCACAUGGGUAUAGUAUUUCUGAGGGCCAAAACUGAUGUGAUGGUAACUAUACUUACUUUGCCCCAUUCAUGUACAAAUUGGAGGUAGGGUGGGUUGGCCAUAAAGAGGUGCAUGGAUAAACAACCCUCUCUUUCCCCAACUAUUUUAUCACCCUGUGCUUCCUCAGUUCAGGUACUUUUCUUCCAGGUGAGCUGGGGCAGAGUUUGGGAGGGUUCAACUCCCAGCACAGAUAAGUUCUUUUGAUGUUAAUAGGACACACCCAUACAAGCUUUAUAAGUGAAUGAGCCAGACGCCUGAUAAACACAGCUGUUACUGUCUUGUCUCAUUUGGCCUCAAGAGUGAAAAGUAAGGCAAAUGUGUGCAAUGUUAUCACAAAAAAUUAAAAAAAUAAAUUUGUGAAAGCAGCCUGUUACAAGUCACAUUUUUAAUUCAGUAGCUUUUUUUCACCAAUCGCCACCUAAACCUUAUGCCUGCUUGUAUACCAUAUGCAGUGGAUUCAGAGGUGUUUAAAUGUAUCUCACAGGUUCAAGAAGGCUGUUAACUGGUGACAAAUUUUAAAUCUGAAAACUAAGAAAAAAGCAGCUGUUUAUAUUUUCACAACUACUUUUUUUAAAAAAAUAGGAAUUAAGAGUCCAAUGUGCUUUUCUGUUUGCUAGAAGUAUGAGAUGGUGUUUUGAAAUGCAUGCAUGUUAAAAAGGUGAAGUCUCCCAGCUGGGGGGAACAAAAAUAAAAAUUAAAACUUUG